AUGGUUUAUUGGAUGAUUAAAUUGUAUUUCCGCUACUCGCUAGCAAUUGGAAUUACAUCACAGCAAUUUUCGAAUCGAAAGUUUUUCAGUACCCUAUUUUCUCGGACGUAUGCUCUAAUUGCCAACAUCGUGACGCUCAUCAUGUUGCCCAUCGUGAUGUGGCAGGUUCAAUUGGUUUUCCAGCAGAAGAAGACCUUUCCAAAGCUCAUUUUGAUCACCAAUAACGUGAGGGAAGCGGUGUCCUUCCUGGUCAUAUUGUACACAGUGCUGUCGCGAGGAUUUCGCGAUACAGCGUUUAAGGAGAUGCAACCAUUGCUGCUGACGCUAUUUCGAGAAGAGAAGCGAUGUGGCUUUAAGGGCAUAGGCGGUGUACGAAGGUCCUUGCGGAUUCUUCUGUUUGUGAAGUUCUUCACGUUGUCUUGGCUGUGCGUCACAGACGUUUUGUUUCUACUCUACUCGACCGAUGCGUUAAUCUGGGUUAACGUGCUCAGGUUUUUUUUCAAGUGUAAUACCAACAAUAUUUUGGAAAUGGUGCCCAUGGGCUACUUUCUCGCCCUGUGGCACAUUGCUCGUGGCUUCGAUUGCGUCAACAGGCGUCUGGACCAAAUUGUGAAAUCGAAAUCGACUAGAAAACACAGGGAGCUGCAACAUCUCUGGCUACUUCAUGCCUGCCUCACCAAGACAGCGCUCAACAUAAACAAGAUCUACGCCCCCCAGAUGUUGGCCUCCCGGUUCGAUAACUUUGUAAACGGUGUAAUCCAGGCCUAUUGGGGUGCUGUGUUCACCUUUGACCUCUCCACGCCCUUCUUUUGGGUCGUUUAUGGAAGUGUCCAAUACCACGUGCGCUGCUUGGACUACUAUCUCAUCGAUAAUAUGUGCGAUGUGGCUGUGGAGUACCACGAUUCAGCCAAGCACUCGUGGAGUGAAGUUCGUUGGACAAAAGAAAUAAGCUCCUAUGUGAUCUAUGCGAAUAGUACGAAGUUGCAACUCUGGAGUUGUGGGCUUUUUCAAGCCAAUCGCAGCAUGUGGUUUGCCAUGAUAAGCAGCGUGUUGUAUUACAUACUAGUGCUACUGCAAUUUCACCUAGUUAUGAGGAAGUAA